UCAAAGCCACCUACCAAACCUUUGCUAGCUUAAUAUCCAUUCAGGAAGCAGCAGCAGCCUAGCUUAAGAUUGCUACAAAAAAUCUUUAUAGUGCAAAAAAUGGCGUCGGUCAACCCGUUUAAUCUAAGUGAUUCUGAAGAAGAGGCAGAACGGCGCCCAAAUGAAACAGUUGACACAGAGCGAAGCCCGAGUGACGGGGCUCCAGGGCCGCCGCCAGGCAAUCCUUUCUCCCCGCCCGCGGACGCCGAGCCUCCGACGCUGCUGCUGUCUAGCAACCGGACAAGCCCCAGUGGCGAGGGCAUCUCGGUGUCGGCCGCGGCCACCUCAGCUAUGGCAGGCAGCGCCGAUAUACGGGUAUCAGUGGAUGUCAUUGCUGCUCAGCUAUUACGGGACCAGUACGUCCUCACGGCCCUGGAGUUUCACACCGAGCUGUUGGAAGCAGGCAGAGAGCUUCCGAGGCUGAGGGAUUAUUUCUCCAACCCGGGCAACUUCGAGCGACAGAGCGGCACUCCACCCGCAAAAGACCAGGUACUCGGACCUGGCGGACCGCUGAAUCGCGCAGGCAGCAUCAGCACCUUGGACUCUCUGGACUUUGCCCGUUACUCAGAUGACGGCAACCGAGAGUCAGACGAGCGGGUGGCAGUGCUGGAGUUUGAGCUACGGAAAGCAAAGGAGACCAUUCAGGCUCUGCGCGCCAACUUGACUCAGGCAGCAGAGAGCGAAGUGCCCUCUCAGGAGAGAAAGAACUUCAAGUCAAGUCCCGAAAUUCAGGAGCCUGUACGCCCACUGGAGAAAAGAGCCUUAAACUUCCUUGUGAAUGAAUAUUUAUUAAAAAACGAAUACAAACUCUCAUCCAUCACCUUCUCUGAUGAAAAUGAUGAUCAGGACUUUGAGUUGUGGGAUGAUGUGGGCCUCAACAUCCCCAAACCCCCCGACCUACUGCAGCUUUACAGGAACUGUGGCACUCCCCUCCCUUCACCUCGGGACACAGCUGAUGUGGCAGUGGGGGUGGAUUUGGGUGAUCUUCCAGGAAACUGCAUUUCCCAAGAUCUCCCAAAGAAGCCUGACCUUUCACAACAGCAACAGACAGAAGUCGUCCAAGAGUUGGAGUACCAGAUCAGUCUCCUCAACAAUGAGAAGCAGAGCCUAGCUGAGCAGAUCAAGAAACUGCAGAGUGAGAUUCAGACACUGAAGCGGACUGUCUCCUCCUCACCUCCGGCCACUCUGGAUCUGGGCUCCCAGAAUACAUCCAACCCCUCCUGCUCUUCCACCAUCCCCCCCUCCACUGAUCCUCUCUCUGGGCCCCCUACAGAUAACGGCCAGUAUCUGGACAUCCGGGGUGUUUCAGAGCCUGAAACUGACCCAAACCCUCCCUCCACUCAGAACACAUCACAGACCCACCCACAGUCCCACAGCAAGCUUAAGAGUCGGCCCCCCGUCCAGUUUGACCAACCAAACAGGAAGUUAUCCCCAGCCUUCCAGCAAGCCCUGCUGUCCUUCUGCAGAAUGUGCUCUGAUAGCCGCCUGGGAGCAGAGGUGUCUCGUAUAGCAGACAGCGAGGAGAGCGUGAUGUUAAUGCUGGGCCGCUGCCUCCCUCACAUCGUCCCCAAUGUCCUCCUCGCUAAACGAGAGGAGUUGAUUCCUCUCAUCCUGUGUACUGCCUGCCUUCACCCAGAGCCUAAAGAGAGAGACCAGCUCCUCCACAUCCUCUUUAACCUAAUCAAGAGACCAGAUGAUGAGCAGAGACAAAUGAUCUUGACGGGGUGUGUUGCGUUUGCGAGGCAUGUGGGUCCCACACGUGUCGAGGCUGAACUACUUCCUCAGUGCUGGGAACAGAUUAACCACAAAUAUCCAGAGAGGAGAUUGUUGGUGGCGGAAUCCUGUGGAGCCUUAGCACCAUACCUGCCUAAGGAGAUUCGUAGCUCCCUGGUUUUGUCCAUGUUGCAGCAGAUGCUAGCUGAGGAUAAGGCUGACAUGGUCAGAGAGGCUGUGGUCAAGAGUCUGGGUAUUAUUAUGGGUUACAUAGAUGACCCUGACAAAUACUCCCAGGGUUUUGAGCUGAUGCUGUUGUCACUUGGGGACCCAUCAGAGCGGGUGGUCAGCGCAGUCCAUCAGGUCUUCAUCCCUGCCUUUGCUGCCUGGACCACAGAGUUGGGCACCCUGCACACUGCACUAAUCCCUUCUCUUUUGGCACGCAUAGAGAAGCUACUUCUGCAAGGAGAACAUGGUCUGGAUGAACACAAGCUUCACGUGUUCCUGUCAGCCCUGCAGUCUCUCAUCCCUCCUCUAUUUGCUGUGGUGCUGCAGAACGCACCCUUCACCAGCAGAGCCAAACUCCAUGGAGACAUACCGGCAAUAGAAGUGACCCGGUUCCCCAGGCCAGCUUCUCCCCUCCAGGAUGUGGCGACCAUCAUAGGCAGCAGGGAGAUGCUGAGUGCCCUCCUGCUACUCUACGACCACCAGCUAGAGCAUGAAGGAACCACCGGCUGGGACAGCCUGUUAUGGGUUGUCAACCAACUGCUUCCGCAGCUCAUAGAGAUCGUAGGUCGCAUCAACGUGACAUCAUCAACCUGCGUCCAUGAGUUCUCUCGCUUCUUCUGGAGGUUCUGUCGCACCUUCGGCAAGAUCUUCACCAACACUAAGGUUAAACCACAGUUCCAAGAGAUUCUCAGACUAUCUGAAGAGAAUGUUGAUGCCUCAGCAGGGAACGGUAUUCUCACCAAAGCCACAGUCCCCAUCUAUGCGACUGGAGUGCUGACAUGUUAUAACCAGGAGGAGGAUCGAAAGUUGUUAGUGGGUUUCCUGGAGGAUGUUAUGACAACGCUGUCCCUGUCUCAUGCACCUUUGGACAGCCUAAAGGCCUCCUUUGUGGAGCUCGGUGCCAACCCAGUGUACCACGAAUUGUUGCUGACUGUUCUGUGGUACGGUGUAGUUCAUACCUCUGCGCUGGUGCGGUGUACUGCAGCAAGGAUGUUUGAGUUGGUUCUCCGAGGCAUGAGUGAAGCAUUAGUAGAUCGCCGGGCGGCUCCGGCCCUUAUAACUCUGUGCAGUGGGCCUGAAUUCUCUGUGAGGAUAUCCACUAUUCCUGCCUUCGGUACCAUCAUGGAGACUGUCACACAAAAAGAGCUGCUGGAGCGUGUCAAAAUGCAGCUGGCAUCCUUCCUGGAAGACCCUCAGUAUCAAGAUCAGCACUCUUUACACAUGGAGAUCAUCAGGACGUUUGGAAGGGUCGGACCCAAUGCAGAGCCCCGCUUUAGAGAUGAGUUCGUGCUGCCACAUCUUCACAAGCUGGCUCUGGCUAACAACAGCCAGGCGACGGAGAGUAAGAGGAUUGAUAUCGCCACCCAGCUGUUCGAGGCCUACAGCGCCCUCUCCUGCUGCUUCAUUUCCGAGGAGGUGAUGGUCAACCACUUCCUACCUGGCCUCAGGUGUCUCCGGGCCGACAUGGAGCAACUCUCACCGGAGCAUGAGGUGAUUCUGAGUUCUAUGAUCAAAGAGUGCGAGAUCAAGGUGGAAAACAGAGGAAUCGCAGAUGCACAAGGAUCCAUGUCCAUUGCAUCCAGUUUGGUGGGUGAGGAUGCCAAGACCAAGUUCCUGAGCAAGAUGGGUCAGCUAACCACCUCGGGCGCCAUGCUGGCCAACGUCUUCCAGAGAAAGAAGUGAUGCUGCAACACACUGACUCGAUCGACCGCUGUACAUCUACAGUAACUGACGACCCCGCGCCGUCUUUGGGAGCAUUUCAUUUUUACUGGAAAAAGCAUUGAUUCAGCUUAACAUAGAUGAAAAUCGAGUGUAUUGUUUAUUCAUGUUAAAGAGAUGAAGGUUUGCUGACAGUUUUGUCAUGACUUGAUAUCAAACAUCCAAUACAGCGGGACCACCUGCUAUUUAAAGAGCAGCAAUGUUUUUUGCAGUGAAAGCUGAGGUUUUCCACUCUGCUCAUACCCUCUCCUUAAUUCUUAAUCGUGACGAAAGCCUCGUCGAGGACUAGGGAUUUGCUUUUAUGAAUCAGUGUCGUUAACGUUUCAUUUCAGAAAGAGGAGAGAGAGCAAGAGGAAGAAACCGAACAGUAUUGAGAUUCACCCAAAGUGAUUUAAAAGGGACGCGUUUCCUGGACAUUUCUGGACUUCAAAGUUUCACCGAAUUUCAUUUAAUUUUAAGUGCAAAACACGUUUGAGAGAAGAGCUUCACUCGUGUCUUGGAAAGAAAACUCUGAGCACGGCCUGCUGGAUUUCAUUUAGGAUUUUUAAUGGGCGUCAUUUUGGAGCAAAGGGUUCUAGGAAAGUUUGCAUUAACUUGCAUGUCUGAGUGAAAUUAUACUGAAGGUUUGAACCACAAAACAGCUCUCAGAAUGCCUCUGUACAGUGUGUCUGUAUGGCUCAGAAGUAUCGCCUACUUGAAGCUAUAAAAAAAAAAAAAUGUCUUGCCUUUAUUUCUUCAAGGUCUGUCUGGUUUCUGUUUUGAUAGCUUCUAUUUUAUAACUUAUUUAUGUCUUAAUGAAGAAGAAACAUACUUUAUUCCAACUUCCAAAGAAAUUUGCACUUCACUUUACUAUUUGUUUGUUUUUGUUUUAAUUCAGUCUUAUACACAUUGAACAUUAUCACUACUGUUUAUGAAUUUCUUUUUUGUUUAUUCAUUUUGGCAAUGUGAAGUUGAAGAGAACACUGAUCAUAAUUAUUCCCUCUCUUGUCCGUUGCAUCUUGUCUCUCUGUGUUGCAGUGUCUCUGAUAAUUGUACUGUUUUUUUAAUUUCUAAAGUGGGUAUUUGGUUCUCGUUUUGUUUUUUUUGUUUUUUUUGGAUAUGCUCUAAGACAAACAGUAAAUAACUGUAUCAUACACUGAACUGAAGAGGAUGGUACUCAUUAUGUAUAUUUGAAUUUGGUGUCAUGGUGUAAUAAAAGAUGGAGAUCAGUUGUGUAAUUAAAUGUACUUCUCUGGACGCCUCA